AUGACCUGGAAUCCAACUGGAGCUGGAUCUGCUAAUAACUAUCUUACAUUUAACCCUUAUGGAAUGUCAAAUGCUUUGACGAUUGGAUGUGAUGGUAGAGUUGCAGUUGGCAGUGCUCCAGCUACUGCAGGAUUCUACUGUGCCUCUACAGUAUCUCAAACUAUUGAUGCGGGAGGAUCAGGAGUAGCUUACUUCUUGAAGUCUGGGGGAUUGAUCACCAUGAUCGGUCCGCUGACAAGUAUCGCGGUAGGGAUCGGAGGAUAA